CCCCAGUAAACUCGACAAGUAAACUUCUGUGUUGAUGGCGCGACGGCGAGAAGCGAACAAGGUCACCCUCCCCUAGCCAUUCCCCAUUUUUAAACCGUACAUUAGACAUUGGAACAGAGAUCUGUGCGUGUCUGUACGUGUAUAUUAGCCGGCUCCUCUCCUCCUCCUGUCCCGUCGCCGCCUCCUUGGUCCCUUCCUCCCCCGUCGCUCUCUCUCUCUCUCUCCCAAGCCCGCACCCACGGCACCCAGAGUCCCCAUCGGCUCCUUUCUUCUUGGCCGACCGUCCGUCGUCAUUCUUGUGACUGCACGGCCCUCCCCCUUCCCCCUUGGCCCGCCACGCCACGCGCCCUCCGUCCUCGUGCACCAUGGCUUCCAGCGCAGGAGGAAUCAUGGCCUCCCCCGAGGAGGCCGAGCGCCUUGCCGCCGUCGAGAAGAAGCUCGCCAUGACAUCGGGCGGCAACGCCGCCUUCAAGAACUACAACAACCAGUUCGCCCACAUCGCCGACCCCACUGAGCGGCGCCGUCUGGCCCUGGCCGAGAUCGACAGUGUCCCCUUUGGCUGGUACCACGUGCGCACCAUCGCCAUUGGCGGAAUUGGCUUCAUGACGGACAGCUACGACAUCUUCGCCGUUGGUCUGAUUACGGGUCUGCUGGGCAUCGUCUACUACGGCGGCACCCUGUCGUCCGACGACGACACGGCCCUCAAGGUUUCGACCUCGACCGGCACCAUGGUCGGCCAGAUCGGCUUCGGAAUCAUUGCCGACUACCUCGGAAGGAAAAAGAUUUACGGAUUUGAGCUUCUCAUCAUCAUCUGCACCACCCUCGUCCAGGCGCUGUCGGCAGGCUCGCCAGGCGUAUCCAUCAUCGGCGUCCUGGUCUUCUGGCGUAUCAUCAUGGGCAUCGGUAUCGGAGGUGACUACCCCCUCAGCGCCACCAUCACGUCCGAGUUUGCCACGACCAAGUGGCGCGGCUUCAUGAUGAACGCCGUAUUCGCCAUGCAGGGCAUCGGCCAGCUCUGCGCCGCCCUCGUGCUGCUCAUCACCACAGCCGCCUUCAAGUCGCAGCUGGAGAUGGCGAGCUCGCCCGCCGCCUGCUCGAGCAACGGAGCCUGCGUCGCCGCCGCCGACAGGAUGUGGCGUAUCAUCAUCGGCUUCGGUGCCGUUCCCGGCAGCAUCGCGCUUUACUUCCGUCUCACCAUCCCCGAGACCCCGCGGUACACGUUCGAUGUUGAGAAGGAUGCCGAGAAGGCCAACGCUCUCCUGCACGGCUCGGCCGAGGAGCCCGCCGAGCCCCCCAAGGCGUCGCGCGCCGAGUUCUUCCGCCACUACAAGCAGUGGAAGAACCUCAAGGUUCUUCUGGGCUGCGCCCUGUCGUGGUUCUUCCUUGAUAUCGCCUUUUAUGGCCUUGGGCUGAACAACCCCAUCAUCCUGAACGCCAUCGGCUGGUCCGGAGGCGGCAACAUGUACCACAUCAUGCACAACACGGCCGUCGGCAACCUCGUCCUCGUCUUGGCCGGCGCCGUGCCGGGCUACUGGGUCUCUGCCGGCAUCAUCGACACGGUCGGCCGCAAGCCCGUCCAGCUCUUCGGCUUCUUCGCCCUGACCCUCAUCUUCUUCGUCAUCGGCUUCAAGUUCUGGGACCUGUCGGGCAACGAGCUGCUGGCGCUCUACACCAUCGCCCAGUUCUUCUUCAACUGCGGGCCCAACAGCACCACCUUUGUCAUCCCCGGCGAGGUGUUCCCGACAAAGUACCGCUCCACCUCGCACGGCAUCUCGGCCGCGUCGGGCAAGCUCGGCGCCAUCAUCGCCCAGGUCGUCUUUGGGCCCCUCAAGAGCAUCGGGGCCGACAAGGAGCGCGCGAAGCUCGACCCCCGCUGGCUGUACCCCUGGAUCAACCACAUCAUGCAGAUCUUUGCCUGCAUCAUGGCCCUCGGCUUCUUCACCACCCUGCUCAUCCCCGAGACGGCCCGCAAGACGCUCGAGGAGCUCGGCGGCAUGGAUGAGCCCACCGAGGCCGUCCCCAAGUCCGACUCCUCCCAGGACGUCGUGCCCGCCGCCGAGGCCGAGUCCUCCAAGAGGCCUGCCGCCCAGGAGGGCACUUCAUGAUCAAAAUCUAGCUCUUUUUUUCUUUCUUUUUUCGUUAACCCGUGUUUCUCUUGUUCUCCAAGGGGGUGGGGGGGGAAGGCCGGGAGUUGGAAAUACCUCAUCGUUUUUACUCACAUAGCGUAAGAGUGCAUAUGGAGUACUACUGUCGGAGGGGGGUUGGGAUCCUGAUACGCCUGGCAGGGGAAAUAAGGGUAGGCGGGGCGAGCAAAAGCAGCGCUCCUGCUUUGGCUCGUACCAAGGGGUAUGUAUAUACAUGCAUUGGCCGGAAGGGAUAAUGGCGGUUUUAUUGCAGAUGACAUAAUCAACAUAUCACUCCCUACCAAA